UUUUGUAAUUAUUUUCGAGCUGUCAUUUAUCGUUAACAUUUCUCCGUCAUAAUAUUUGCAGUACCAUAUUUACUAAUUUUGCUAAAAUAUGCCUACAGAAAUUGAAAAUAUAAACCCUAAUGUGUAUGGCAAACGCAAAGAGCGAGAACUGACUGCCAAUGAAGAGGAUGAAAAUGUGCCCGACCCAUUCGAUUCACGUGAAAUAUUUGACCUCAUUCGUAACAUCAACGAUCCCGAACAUCCACUCACACUGGAAGAGUUACAUGUGGUGCAAGAAGAUCUAAUUCGAGUUAAUGACAAGGAAAAUGAAGUGAAUAUUAAGUUUACACCUACGAUUCCACAUUGCUCGAUGGCUACUCUAAUUGGUUUGUCUAUACGUGUGAAGCUCCUGCGAUCGUUGCCGCCUCGUUUCAAAGUAAAUGUAGAGAUAACGCCAGGAACGCACGCAUCAGAGAAUGCCGUGAAUAAACAGCUUGCAGACAAGGAACGCGUAGCGGCUGCACUGGAGAACAAACAUCUAGCUGAAGUCAUCAAUCAAUGUAUCUCAUCUAAAGCAUGAAGAAACCUUAGGAUUUGUCGUUAUUUUCUUCUUUCUUUAUUUUACAAUUUUAAGUGUUGAAUUAGUAAAACUAAAGUAUACCAACUAAAAUUUAAGCCUUUUUCGCUUGCACUGGGGACGAACUCGUACUUGUAUUUCCUGUCGCGGAACGUUGCUUUGUAGGAUCAUACUUGAAUGUCUUAACUAAUGGACCUUUGCCGGCUUUAGCAAAACGUAUUUCAUCCAAACGUUGUCGUUCCUCUAUUUCUUUGGUUAUUUUCAUGUUUUCCCAGGCUAAAAAUUCAAUAAAAUAUAUGUAAAAUAUUUCAAAAAAUAUUAGUAUUCAAUAAAUAUUAUGCGAGUAUAUGUUUUCCUUGUUA